AACAUUGAGAUAUCGCGUAAACGCAACAUUCAGUCAUUUGGAAUCGAAGUGAAGAAAUGUUUUCCAAAUUCACUGUCAUUUUUGCUCUCUGCUUGAUAGCUGUAGCCUGUCGAGGCGAACGAGCUCGUUAUGAUAAUUAUCGCGUGUAUAAAGUUGUUGCUUCUAACGAAGAGAAGUUGAAAAUUUUAAAAGACUUAGAAUCGACCAGCGAUUCGAUAAUAUUCAUAGACGGUGUUCACUUGCUUAACAAAGCUAUAAGCGUAGUAGUAGCACCUCAUAAAGUACCUGACUUUUUGCACGUCAUGGGCCGCUGGGAAAUUCAAUACGACCUCGUUGACACAAACUUGCAACAUCAGUUAGAAGACUCCUAUAAGCAAGUAGCGAAGGUACGUUCGGGUGCCUACGGCUGGACACAAUAUCAUGAAUUAGAAGACACUUAUAAAUGGCUUCAAUCGUUGGCCAAUGAAUACCCAAGCGUGGUUACUAUUGUCGAAAGUGGCAAAACCUAUGAAGGUCGUUCAAUUUUGGGUGUAAAAAUCUCUAAAGGUCAAUCUCCGAAGCCGGGCAUAUUUGUUGAAGCUGGCAUCCACGCGCGUGAAUGGAUUUCUGCCGCCACUGCCACUUAUUUAAUCAACGAACUAUUGACCUCCGAUGUCGAGGCCAUUAAACAAAUGGCUGACAAUUAUGAUUGGUAUGUGUUCCCUCAUACAAAUCCUGAUGGUUUUGUGUACACGCACACCACGGACCGUAUGUGGCGUAAGACACGCACGCCUUAUGAAAAUGGCUGUUUUGGAGCAGACCCCAAUCGCAACUGGGGCUUCCACUGGAACACUGUGGGAUCUAGUAAUAAACCAUGCUCUGAUACUUAUGCUGGUCCGUCGGCUUUCUCUGAAGUGGAAACACGUACCUUCUCCGAAUACAUUCAGAGCCUAAAAGGAAAAAUAUCUUUGUACAUUUCCUUCCACGCCUUCUCACAAUUGCUCUUGUAUCCUUAUGGCCAUACAGCCGAUUUACCGGAGAAUCAUGAGGAUUUGAAACAGGUAUUCGAUGUGACGGUAAAUGCUGUCAGCAAACGCUAUGGUACAACGUAUACUGGUGGAAAUAUUUACGACGCUAUUUACCCAGCUUCGGGUGCUAGUAUUGAUUGGGCCUAUGCCAAUAUGGAUACUAAAAUGUCUUUCUGUUUUGAAUUGCGACCUGGACCAAAUGCUGGUAUAGUUGGAUUUAAUUUGCCCGCUUCGCAAAUUAAACCAAACGGGGAAGAAAUUAUGGACUCAUUAGUUGCAAUGGUUAACGAGAUUGAGAAGUUAGGUUAUUUUAAAUGAUACUCAGUGAAAUAUGAAUAAUAAAAAGCCUUGCUUAAAAAAUA